CUGAAUCCUUUUCGACCGCCGUUUUUACACAUAGAUUUGACGUCGAUCGCCGUGCAUGAUCAGAAUCUUGUGUGUGGGGAUCGGCGUGACAGAUUGCUGGUGUUUUCUAGGGUGCCCGAAUGGGCCUGGGCCCCGGUUUCACAGUGGACGAGAGUGAGAUGUGGGACUUUGUUUGCGCUAUAAAUACUAGUGGUUCGCUGCCGCGGAGCCCGUGGCGGAGGGUGAUAUAUGGCGAAGGCGCGAAGGCACGCCGAAGACCGCCUGCUCGGCACCGCGCACGGCCGGGCGGCCGGCUCUGAUCUCCCGGACCUCUCCGAGGAUGAUGUCUUCUCGACCUUAGAAUCCGGAUGGAGACUAACUGACCCCGGCCGGAGUCGUUGCGAAGGGGAGGGCGAGGACAGGGAGGCGUCACUCCCGCCGGUGGCGUCCGCGGCGAUGUCGGCGCCAGUCGAGGUGCCGGCGUGGACGAGACUUCACCGGGUGGAGGACGAGGAGGAAGCAGAGGUUGGCGGGUGGAUGCCGCCGCACGAGUACCUGGCGAGGGCGAAGGGGAGGAGCGGCGGGACGACGAGGUCGGUGCUGGAAGGGGCGGGGCGGACGCUGAAGGGCAGGGACAUGAGCCGGGUUCGCGACGCGGUCUGGAAUCGGACCGGCUUCUACGGUUGAAACCCAACCCAAGCCGGAAACAUUAGGAAUCAAUUAAAGUAAUUGGUGCCGGUUUAUUUGUUUAAAGAUUUGUUAGUGAAUUAUUUGGGUUUUGUCGGAAAUUUAGAUCGUUCUUGCUGAUGAAUUCAAAAAUCAA